AUCUGAGGGUCAGGCUUGGGGAAGAAUGUCGAUGCUUACACCCAUCCUGAAGGCCCCCGAGGUGAAGGAGUACCUCUGCAAGGGCGAGCGCUUCAUCAAGUGGGACGAUGAAACUACAAGUGCAUCUCCUGUGAUUCUCCGGGUGGACCCAAAGGGUUUUUACUUAUACUGGACCUAUCAGAGCAUGGACAUGGAAAUUCUGGAUAUAACCAGCAUCCGAGACACCCGAAUAGGGAAAUUUGCCAAGAUCCCCAAGAGCCAGAAGCUCCGAGAGGUUUUUAACCUGGAUUUCCCAGACAACAACUUCCUGCUCAAGACCCUGACUAUCGUGUCUGGCCCUGACCUGGUGGAUCUCACCUUCCAUAACUUUGUCUCCUACAAAGAGAAUGUUGGCAAGAGCUGGGCUGCGGAUAUCCUGGCCAUCGUUAAACACCCACUUACGUACAAUGCUUCUCGUUACACCUUCCUGGAGAAAAUACUGGUGAAGCUGAAGAUGCAGCUCAAUUCAGAAGGGAAAAUUCCUGUCAGAAACAUUUUUCAGAUGUUUCCUGCAGACAGGAAAAGGGUAGAAGGAGCUUUAAGUGCCUGUCACCUUCCAAAGGGCAAGAAUGAUGCCAUUAAUCCAGAAGACUUUCCUGAACCAGUGUAUAAAAGCUUCCUGAUGAACUUGUGUCCCCGGCCAGAGAUUGAUGAGAUAUUCACCUCCCACCAUUUGAAAGCCAAGCCCUACAUGACCAAAGAGCACCUGGCAAAGUUUAUCAACAAGAAACAGCGAGAUUCCCGCCUCAAUGAUAUCCUUUUCCCACCUGCCAAACCUGAGCAGGUGCAGAGCCUAAUAGAGAAAUAUGAACCCAGUGGGAUCAACAUCCAGCGAGGGCAGUUAUCUCCAGAGGGAAUGGUCUGGUUCCUUUGUGGUUCUGAGAACAGUGUGGUAGCACUGGACAAAGUGACUCUGUACCAGGACAUGAGCCAGCCACUCUCACAUUACUUCAUCAACUCAUCGCACAACACCUAUUUAACAGCUGGCCAAUUUUCUGGCAACUCCUCUUCUGAAAUGUAUCGUCAGACCCUGCUGGCUGGCUGUCGCUGUGUGGAGCUGGACUGUUGGAAGGGUCGCCCUCCAGAUGAGGAGCCCAUCAUCACCCAUGGAUUUACUAUGACCACUGAAAUUCUGUUCAAGGAUGCCAUUGAAGCCAUUGCGGAAAGUGCUUUCAAAACCUCUCUCUACCCUGUCAUCCUGUCCUUUGAGAAUCACGUAGACUCACCCAAGCAGCAAGCUAAGAUGGCUGAGUACUGCAGGACCAUAUUUGGGGACAUGCUGCUGACAGAACCACUUGAAAAAUACCCUCUGAAGCCAGGAGUUCCCUUGCCAAGCCCUCAGGAUCUACUGGGCAAAAUCCUGAUUAAAAACAAAAAGAACCAGUGUACUGGGCAGAAUUCUCUGAAGAAAGGGAAGAAUGUGGAGCCUGAAGUUACUGACCAGCCUGUCCCUGGGGAUAGUGAUGAUACUGUCUGGGCAGGUGAUGUGACUGAAGAGGAGCCAGAGGAAGAGGAGGAGGAGUCAGGAAACUUGGAUGAAGAAGAGAUUAAAAAAUUGCAGUCAGAUGAGGGCACUGCUGGCUUGGAAGUGACUGCUUAUGAAGAAAUGUCCAGCCUGGUAAAUUAUAUCCAGCCUGUCAAAUUUGACUGCUUUGAAGUUUCAGCACAGAAGAACCGAAGUUAUGUCAUCUCCUCCUUCACCGAGAUGAAAGCCUAUGAUCUACUUACCAAGUUUCCUGUGCAGUUUGUCGAAUGUAACAAGCAACAGAUGAGCCGGAUUUACCCCAAAGGCACCCGGAUGGACUCAUCCAACUACAUGCCCCAGAUGUUCUGGAAUGUCGGCUGUCAGAUGGUGGCGUUAAACUUCCAGACCAUGGACCUCCCUAUGCAACAGAACAUGGCCCUCUUUGAGUUCAAUGGCCAGAGUGGUUACCUCCUCAAACACGAAUUCAUGCGGCGUCCAGAGAAGCAGUUUGACCCUUUCUCUGUUCACCGUAUUGACGUGGUGGUGGCAAGCAGCCUGUCGAUAACGAUUCUUUCUGGCCAGUUCCUUUCUGAACGCAGUGUGAAGACAUAUGUGGAAGUAGAAUUGUUUGGGUUGCCUGGUGACACAAAACGCAAAUAUAGGACCAAACUGACCUCGACCGCUAACUCUAUUAACCCUGUAUGGAAGGAGGAAGUUUUUGCUUUUGAAAAGAUUAUGAUGCCAGAAUUGGCUUCCCUCCGAAUUGUGGUUUGGGAGGAAGGGGGAAAGUUUGUUGGUCAUCGCAUCAUUCCCGUUAUUGCUGUACAUUCAGGCUAUCACCAUGUUUGCCUUCGCAGUGAGAGCAACAUGCCCCUCACUAUGCCAUCUCUCUUUGUUUACCUGGAGGUAAAGGACUACAUCCCUGACAGCUGGGCAGAUCUAACUGUUGCCCUCUCCAACCCCAUUAAGUAUUUUAAUGUCGUGGACAAGAAAUCAGAGAAGGUGGAGGGCUCCGCAGAGAGGCCUAACAUGCAGAGGAGCCUUAUGCCAGCUGAAAUCAAUGGGAUAGCAGAUUUCACCAUGAAGCUUAGUACCCCUUCUCCAAAUGGACCAGAAGGAACCAUGGCUGUGGGGAAGGAAGAAACUGUAAAGGAAGCUGCUAAGGAAGUUACAGAGCUGCAGACGGCCAGCAUUGAGGAACUGCAGAAGAUGAAGCUUUUUCAGAAGCUGAUAAAAAAGCAAGAAAAGGAGCUGAAAGAGCUGGAGCGGAAGGGAUGCAAGCGCAGGGAGGAGCUGCUGCAGAGAUACUUGGUCCUCUUCCCAGAGCGGGGCAGCCAGAGUGGCAAGUGGAAAAUGUGCUCUGGGAAAAUCCCAAAGAAAAAAAGGAGUCUGACUACAGAGGAGAUCAAUGCAGGAGUGAAUCCUGCUGAGAUGGCAGACUGCACUGACAGCCAAGUCUUGGAACUGAAGGAGAGCCUGGAGAUAGACCUCAACCAACUGGGGGAAGAGCUCUAUGAUAGCAUUCGGAAGAAGAAAGAGCAGCAUGCCACAGAGCAAAUUGCCAAAAUAAUGGAGUUAGCCAAAGAGAAACAAGCAGCUGAGCUGAAGGCACUGAAGGAAUCAUCAGAAAGUGAUAUUAAAGAGGUGAAGAAGAAGCUAGAGGCAAAGCGACUGGACCGAAUCCAAACCAAAAUCCGGAGUACCAGUGACAAGGCUGCUCAGGAAAGAUUAAAGAAAGAAAUUAAUAAUUCACACAUUCAAGAAGUGGUGCAGAUUAUCAAGCUGAUGACAGGAAAGGCAGCCAUACUUCAACAGAAACUGGAAAAGAAGCAGGCAGACUGUUUGCAGAAGAUCAAGGAGACAGAAAUCCAGCUCCAGCAAGAGGCAUUGGCAGAAUACAAGGAAAAAAUGAAAACCCUUAAUGUGGAGGUACAAGAUAUGGUGAAGAACUAUAUGAAAGUCUGCUCCCCUUUGGAGCCUGAAAUCAGGAAGGAAGAGGUCCUGAAUGCCAGUGAGGGAGAACAAGGCAUUAAGGAACAACUAGAAGAAAAGAUCCCUGUAGCUGAGAUGUCAAGGCUUGAGCUAUCCAAAGCUGAAACUCAGUAUGAGGAGAUAUCUGCACAGAACCAAGAAAGCAAAUUCUGAGAGAGAAUCCUCCUCGCUCUUCCAUGUCUGGAAGAGUAUUUCCAGCACUAGUGGGGUCUGUAGUAAAGCUAUGGACAUGAAUAACCAUCAUAUAUAGGCAGAGCCUUUCCCUCCAGGGACUUGUAUCAGUUGCUGAAAUCCUUCAGAAAUUUCCUACAUUAUUAUCCUUCUAAAUAUGGGAGAGAAAAGGUUUGAAGGCAUCAGCUGAUGAGAGGCUAGAUCUUGGUCAUGUUGUGCAUGACCUUAGCAUCAGGGCAUUUCAGCAGCAAGAAAGGCUCUGUGGCUCUCAGUUCUAACAGGGCCAGCUGUCCAUCAUUAUCUGAGACUUCAGCAAAUGUAUUCUGUUUAUAAGAGAGAGCAUCACUUAUGGCACCCCAUGCCAUAUUCAAACAGCACAUCACUUUCCUCCUCACAAACCUAGUUAAAUAGUGCUAGUUGAACAGAUUCUGGCCUGUUGUAGUCUUUCUGAGUUCUUUGCAACAGAGGACUUGCUCUAUUUUUGUUCCAUAGUCAAAAACAAGUGAAAGUGAAGAGCUGGCAUUUUCCAAGGGUUACCCCAAGUCUGAAAAACAGGUGGAAAAACCACUACUGUAGACAUUAUUGCAUGGCUAGGCUGGUGCAGCCCUCUAGUGGAGACAUGGCAUAUGCCAGCACCAGUGCCGUGGAAAAAAAACAACCCACAACAAAACCUUAAGCCAUCAGAAACGCUCAGCUAUCAGCAGAGCUACAUCUAUAUCAGGGAUCUUGCUGAUAGGCAUGAAAACAUCCUAUCGUCAACAUAGCUAUACUGGCAGAAUUGUGUUGCAUAAACUAAGCUUUAGGGAAGAAUUACAAUUAACAUUUUGCUUGUCCUGCAGUACAGAAGACCCCAUGAACUGUACAUAACACUGCCUCGCACAACAGCUUUCCCCCCAGUUAUGCCACUUUCCUCAGUCAUUUCUAGCACAGGCAGUUCUCUCAAUGCCAAGUGGCAAGCCAUACAUGGCACGGUGUGUAAUUUAAAGUACGGUCGCCCCAAUCUUAAAACUUGCUGCACGUGUGAUUGCAUAUGGAAGUGCAUGAGGCUGCUUUAGCUCCAGUAUCUACUGGCUGCUGGACCACAAAGCUAUCAAGCACUAGAUGAAUAAAACUAAACUGAACACAACAGGGCAAAAAUCUCUAUGCCAUCUCUUUUUCCAUCUCUCUGCUUGCAGCAGAGAUGUGUCAGGAAUUAAGCCCAAUUCAGGGGUCCCCCGUAUAAACUAGAGUAGUGUCUGCCUGUGGGGCCUAGAAGCAGAUGUAGCAGUAGUUCACUGCCUUUUCAUCAUGCUUCCACCUUGUCCCCAACCAGUACUCCAUACAUCUCCUCCCCAAGGCCUGGGCAGGGGGGCUAUCAAAGAGCACUUACACCAGUUCUGCAGUAGCUGUCUAUAGGAUUUUUGUGCACGUCACCUUAGUUCUGUCUCUGGCCAGUGCACCCUUGCAGCAUGAUUUAUGCACACCAGUUUUCAUACACAUUAUCUUGUAACAGCAAUGCAGUUAACUCCACUGGAAGCAGUAAUUUUACCUUAUUACAUGAUACAUUGCGUUUCUGUUAGUGCUUUUAUCUCUUGUUAGGUGACUCAGCCCUGAGAGCCAUCUAUUUGUAAACAGUGAGCAUUAAUUAAAAGCAAGUGGGAAAGGAUAUGAUUUGGUGCAAAAAAGAACCAGGAAUGGGUAGAUUGUUUCUGUGGAGCUUCAUGCAAAGGUGCACUAGGAAGAUGACAGUGGUCAGCUUCUCCAGACUUACCUGUUCAGGAUACAGUGGAACAGACUCCUGAUAUCUGUAAUAGAUGUCUGUUGCCAGCAGGUGCAAAGGACCAGGUCAGCAGCUCUGAAUGCCCUGUCUGUUGAAACAAUCCCCUAGAACUUAGAGCUGCCAUCUUUAGUGUACCUUUGUGCUGCUGGAGCACAGAGCAGUCUCUCUCUAUAGAAGCUUUAUCUAAUUUGAACUGUCUUCCAAGUCAAGCAAGAGAGGAACAAAUAAGAGAAUGUGCUUCUGGUUUUCAGAACCUUUAUGCUUAAUUUGAUAGGCAACACUGGAGGGAAAGAAGAGGUAUUCCUGACUAGAGAGAUGCUACAGAUUCCCACACACAGAUUUUUAUAGCAUUAGAUGCUGCUACCCAACAUGAUAUUUGCCAUUGUAGAACUGUACUUCUUAGGUUUAUAGCUGGCCUGGUGUGGCAGACAUAGGUAGAGCGG